CCCUCGCCCCUGCCCCUCACCAUCCCAGAAUGCCACGCUAACAAUGGCGCAGGGCCGUUUCAAACUGGCGGCGGCGCCGCCGCGGGGGAAGAAGUCUCAGAAGCAGAGCCGGGGAGGAUGCGGCGGCGGAGGAGGCAGGGGGCCCAGGAAGGGAGGGAGAAUAAUUGCUCCAAAAAAGACUCAAGUAAUUCAACAGCAGAAGCUGAAGAAGAACCUGGAAGUUGCGAUAAGGAACAAGAUUGAGCACGAUGUCACGAUGAAAGCCAGCUCCAACAUGCCUAAGAAACUGAAUAUUGUCAAAGCACCACAGAAGAAAUGCAAGGUGAACAAAUAGUGGACGUUUACAGGUCUGCAUAAUCCAUGCAGAUAUUGCAAAGGAGGAACACAGUGCAAUCGAAUCUUCUGAAAAGAGACUUCUGUCAUACUCUUCUCCCCUUGAAGCAUUCUCUUUAAUCUAUUAAAAAAAGAGCUUGUUUGACAUUGA